AUGGCUACACCAUCGGCAGAGAGCUCGAAACGGGCUAGCACAGUUGUGGAUGAUGAACCGGUGAACCUGAGGAUAGGACAGUACACACGACUGAAUGAGAUUGGCCGUGGUAGUUUUGCAACAGUCUAUCGGGGAACUCAUAAUGAAUACAACACCUUUGUUGCAGUCAAAUCUGUCACACUGCUUCGCCUGACUAAGAAGCUGAGAGACAACCUGAAGCUGGAGAUAGACAUUCUGAAGAGCCUCCAUCACCCGCAUAUCGUUGCUCUGAUAGACUGCUAUGAGACUUCAUCACACAUACAUAUCAUCAUGGAGUUCUGCAUGCUCGGCGACCUCUCCCGCUUCAUCAAGAAACGAAACUCCAUGGCGAAGCACGAGCUGCUGCGAGACAUGAUGACCAAGUAUCCCAACCCCCCCGGAGACGGCCUUCACGAUGUUGUUGUCCGCCAUUUCUUAAAGCAGCUCGCUAGUGCUCUCCAGUUCCUCAGAGCCAAGGACUUGAUACAUCGUGAUGUCAAGCCUCAGAACUUGCUGCUUCAUCCUUCUCCCGUUAUCUGUUCGAAGACCCUUAUCCAGUCCGUCUCCUACAAGGGAAGCGAGAAUUCAUUUACUCCUAUUGCUGGAGUUUCGUCUUUCCCCAUGCUCAAAAUAGCGGACUUUGGAUUUGCUAGGUCUCUACCGUCCACAUCUCUUGCCGAUACCCUCUGUGGAUCGCCGCUAUACAUGGCCCCGGAAAUAUUGCGGUAUGAGAAGUAUGACGCCAAAGCAGAUCUAUGGUCUGUGGGCACAGUACUUUAUGAAAUGGUUGUUGGAAAACCACCAUUUAGAGCUUCUAACCACAUGGAGCUACUACAAAAGAUACAGCUAACGAAAGACAGAAUAAAAUUCCCACGGGACACACCAGUUGCCAGCGAUAUAAAAAAACUAAUCCGUAGCCUACUGAAGUUUAACCCUGUCGAAAGACUGACAUUCCCCCAGUUCUUCGAAAGCCCAGUUGUUGAGUGUGAUAUUCCCGGUUUGGUAGGGGAAGACCUGGAAGAACAAAUAGGGCGGAAUGCUGCUCACGAGAGGGAACGGCUCGAAGGUGAAAGCUUAGGACCAGAAGGCCUUGAGCAGGAGGUAUUAGACCAGCCAGGGGAGGGCAUGGGUGAAGAUACAACUGUUAAAUCUGCCGAUAAACCCCUUGGCUCUACAGCAGGUCCGCCUGUAACUCGACCUGGCCCACGACCAGUGGUAGGACGAGUUUCACGGCCCAGUUCUGCCGCAAAUCAAGGAGAAGUGCGGGAGAAGCAUGAUACACAACCCACAGAGAAUCGUCAGCACGAAGGUUCUCCUGUACCGGCAUCAACAAGAAACGAUCACCCUGUCGUUAGUGAACUUGCAGUGAGACAGCGAAGCGAUAACCAGCGAUCUUCUAUAUCCUCCCUUACGGGGCAGAUUUCUGGCCCACCACACAGCCCUCGUCCCCAAGAUGCGAAGCAGCUAUCGGAGGUUGAAAUGGAGCGCGCCGCUCAAGAUAUUGCUUUUGAACGAGACUACGUUGUGGUAGAAAAACGAGCAGUCGAAGUAAAUGCUUUUGCUGAUGAACUCGCAGCCAGCCCACGGCUUCGGCAACAACAAUUGAGCUCACGCCAGGCGGGCGCUAUCAUUCGGCGUGCUACAACGACGGCUACUCCUCACUCGCUCAAAACGAAACAAACUACUCAGCCUGAUCCCCAGGACAGACCGACUAAGCCAAAGACUGAUUCUACGCAUAACCGACGUUAUUCCUAUGAUAGGAGAUAUGGACCAAACCCAAUUUCGGCAACAUCAGCUAUUUCCAAGGCUCUUAAUAUGGCUAGUGGGAGGCUUUUUGGUGUCAGCUUUUCUCCGCCGUCGGCAUUGACAAAAGGCGGGCGGUCUCCCCCGUUAGGUUACAACCCAUUCCCAUCUUAUCCUGUUGCGCAGAGCAGUUUAGUAGUGGUUGACGAGAAACCUCAACAUCUAAGCCAUGAUUCGAAGACCGUGCAUAUCAUCGAGGAAUGUGCGACUCGAAGUGAUGUUGUUUAUGGGUUUGCUGAAGUUAAAUACAAGCAGCUGAUCCCCGCUGCUCCAUCAAGCAGAUCGGAAUCUACCAUCAAGCCUGCCAAUUCGGAAGAUGGGCCUGAUGAGGGCCUGACGCUGGAUGCGGUGCUUAUCCUCUCCGAAGAAGCCCUAGUUUUGUACGUGAAAGCCUUGUCUAUUCUUGCAAAGGCCAUGGAUAUCGCAGGCGCAUGGUGGGCACGGAAGAACCGCGACGAGAGCAUUAGCAACGGUUUCCCCAUAUCUCGUACAGAAAAGGACAUCGCAGUAAGCAGCCGAAUCAAUAACGUUGUCCAAUGGGUUCGAACUCGUUUCAACGAGGUACUGCAGAAAGCCGAAUAUUCUCGCCGACGACUUCUAGAAGCUCAGAAACAGCUACCUCCAGACCACCCGUAUCGAAUGUCUCACGAACUGGGAGAAUCUGAGAGCCUCCCAAGCUUUGACCAGUCAUCCGACCAGGUUAUCAUCAGUUCUGGUAUUACUGCGGAAAAACUCAUGUACGACAGAGCACUGGAAAUGAGUCGAACGGCUGCCAUUAACGAGUUGACUGGCGAAGACCUGUCUGGAUGCGAAAUAGCAUAUGUCACAGCGAUCAGAAUGCUUGAGGCCGUGUUAGAGAGUGACGAUACUUCUCGAUCUUCAAAAGAACGAGGAGCUGCGGACGGAGGAAGUUCAAGCGAACCCCAUAUGGCGAAUAGCCAAAUCCAAGGAGAGGACUGUGAAGUUGUUGCUAAACUUGUUGAGAGCAUUCGCGCUCGUCUAAGAGCUCUUCGAAAGAAGAUGUCGCUUAUGGCGAAACGGACCUCUGCUCCUCCAGCCGUACUCUCGCCAAAACUCCCACCUUCACACCCACGACCAGCAUCGCCUGCCAUGGCUCAUUCGCCAUCCAAAUAA